AUGGACGCGAUCGCCAGCACCGGCCUCAAGAGGAAGUUUGAGGAUGCGGACGUGGGCUCGCCGGGCUCUAACUCGGACGACGAGAUCUCCAACAGCGACAGCGCCGAUAGCUGCGACAGCAUCAACCCCUCCAGCUCCACCGGUUUCAUACCCACCUCCAUCCUGAAGCGACAGAAGCAGCUUCGCAGGAAAAAUGUCCGCUUCGACCAAGUGACCGUCUACUACUUCGCCCGACGCCAGGGCUUUACCAGCGUCCCCAGCCAAGGCGGGAGCUCCCUGGGCAUGGCCCAACGCCACAACUCCGUCCGUCGUUACACGCUCUGCGAGUUCGCCCAGGAGCAGGAGGUGAAUCACCGGGAGAUCUUACGGGAGCACCUCAAAGAAGAGAAACUCCACGCUAAGAAAAUGAAGCUCACCAAGAACGGCACAGUGGAGUCGGAGGAAGCGGACGGGCUGACGCUGGAGGACGUCUCCGACGAUGACAUCGACGUGGAGAACGUAGAAGUGGACGACUAUUUCUUCCUGCAGCCGCUGCCUACCAAACGCCGCCGAGCUUUGCUGCGAGAGUGCGCCUGCGACUGCCGCCUCUACUGUGACCCUGAGGCCUGUGCCUGUAGCCAGGCGGGGAUUAAAUGCCAG